GGAGGAGGGAGGCGGAGUGCGCGCGUUGCCUGAGCCGGCCCGAGAGCGGCCGAGCAGGCUGUGUGGGGCGUCAGCGCGAUGGCUCCGGCUGUGGACCGCAAAGGCUAUUGGGGCCCCACGACCUCCACAUUGGACUGGUGUGAGGAGAACUAUGUGGUGACCUUGUUCGUCGCCGAGUUCUGGAAUACAGUGAGUAACCUGAUUAUGAUCAUACCUCCAAUUUUUGGUGCAAUUCAAGGCAUUAGAGAUAGACUGGAGAAACGAUACAUUGCUGCUUACUUAGCACUCACAGUGGUAGGAAUGGGAUCCUGGUGUUUCCACAUGACUCUGAAAUAUGAAAUGCAGCUGUUGGAUGAGCUCCCUAUGAUUUACAGUUGCUGCAUAUUUGUAUACUGCAUGUUUGAGUGUUUCAAGACAAAGAGUUCCAUAAACUACCAUCUUCUUUUUACCCUAUUUCUAUUCAGUUUAACAGUAACCAUGAUUUACUUAAAAGUAAAAGAACCUAUAUUCCAUCAGGUCAUGUAUGGAAUGUUGGUCUUUACAUUAGUACUUCGUUCUAUUUAUAUUGUUACAUGGGUUUAUCCAUGGCUUAGAGGACUAGGUUAUACAUCCUUGACUGUCUUUUUAUUGGGGUUUUUAUUGUGGAAUGUAGAUAACAUCUUUUGUGAUUCAUUGAGGAACUUUCGAAAGAGAGUGCCCCCCGUCCUAGGUGUUACAACACAGUUUCAUGCAUGGUGGCAUAUUCUAACUGGCCUGGGUUCUUAUCUUCACAUCCUUUUCAGUUUAUAUACAAGAACACUUUACCUGAGGUACAGGCCAAAAGUGAAGUUUCUCUUUGGAAUCUGGCCAGCGGUCAUGUUUGAACCUCAGAGGAAGCACUGAUGAAUUAUUCUAAGAAAAUAAAAAGCACCUACUGUAUGUAGUUCUGCCAAGAUGGUCAAGAAAUCCCCAAAGACUUGUACAUUCGAAGACACCAUGCCCAUCAUAAGAGAUGAAUGACUGAGCCACAGAGAAUGGGCAAUUGGUCUGUUGGGUAUUUAGCUCCUGACUUUAUCUCGUUUGCCCUGGACCUAAGAUGCUUAGAGAAAAACAGAAAGUGUAUAUUUAUAUUCUAGAAUGGUGGAGAAGUUGGGCGUUUCUUAACAGGUUAGCAGCUUGUGCUGGUCAUUCAAGGAAAAUUAAUAUUUUUCUUUUUUUCUAUUUUUACAAGAGUUGCAUGUUAAUUAUAUGUUUAUUAAUUUUUAAUUAAAUACUGAACAAAGUCAUUAAGUACUGGCAAAAUCCCAUAUCCAGAUGGUUGACUGUGAGCCAGCACUUAGCCGUGUCAUCUUUGAUUUACAUUAUUAUAUUAAUUUCACAGAUGGCUUUCCAGUAAUAAAAAAGAAAAGAUGUGGGAUUCUAGGCAGCUCCUUGCUGUCUGCCUUGGGGCUAGCUGGAGUCUUGGAAGUAAACUCCUACUUGCCAUUGAGUGGUCUCUGUUCUCAUCACAUUCAAGAUUUUGUCUUGGGCUCUGUGGCCCAUCAAAGGAGUGGGCCAUCCAACACCCCUUCAGAAGCUUUCCCAGAGCUCCUGUGGGAUGUAGCCUCUCACCAGUUAAAGGCUGUUGCUUUGCUUUCUUUGAUCUUCAAAUUACUAUUACUAUUGUGUCUAGCAAAUUUAACUGGUAAUCUGUAAGACAAGACAGUUUAAUUGACUUUAUCAGAGAAAGUUGUGAGUUUUUUAAUUUUUGCAUUAUGCAGUAUGCAUAGUGAAGCAAAUAGUUCUAGUUUGGAUUUGAAUGUAUACAAAAUUGAAUUGAUUACAAAAUAUCAUAUACCUGUUGAUUGCAUCCUAAGCUAUGGCUCCAAAAGAAAAGUAGGGUUUUUUCAUGUAAAAAUGGUUUUAAAAAAUUCUCAUCUUUUCAAUAUUCAUUAACAAGCUUUAGCCUGGCAGGGUGGUGCAUGCCUUUAAUCAUAGCACUUGAAAGGCAGAGAUAGGCAGAUCUCUGUGAUUUUAAGGCCAA